AUGACAUUAUUUGGUUAUUAUUCGUACUUAGUCAAACAAACCGAAACCCAUGUCGUCGUCUUCCUCCUCUUCAGCAGCAGAGGCCUCUUCCUCCUCGGCAGCAGCCUCUUCGGAAGCACCAGCAGCGGCACCUGGGGCGGCACCAGCAGCAGGAGCAGCACCAACGCUGAAGUUGGUCAAAAGAGCGUUCAAGUCUUGACCAGCCAAAGCCUUAGCGUAGAUAGAAGCCCAGAUGUUGUCGAUCUCCAAAUUGGCACCGGAGGUCAAUUUCAAGAGGUUUUCAGCACUGAUCUCGACGUCGGAGUCGGACAGGAUGAUGGCAGCGUAUGA